AUGAGUUUUACUGUUACUAAGGAUGGUGUUAUCGACUACCCAAUCGCGGAUGGCAUGCCUUUGAUUGGCAUCUGGCAGUACGGCCCCAAUGCUAACGGAGCCACCAUUGUGGCCAAGCAGGAAUACCUCGAUAUUUCACGAGGCUCAUCGAACGCGGAUAACCAGUGGACCAAUCUUUCAAUCCAGCACAGCUUGCAAGUUGCAAAUGGCUCGGUGUUCAGGUUUGAUAUCAAGUAUACUGCAAUAAACCCAGCUACAGAGGUUAAAUUGACCCUAGCAAGUGGUGUCGUUUUGCGCUAUGAUGGCACCAACUUCAAUUACUGUUGGUGGUCUAACGACGGUUUUCAUCAGCUCGGUCGAUCUACGAUUUCCAUCGGUAGCGAUUAUGUCCAAGUUACUCUCUGCUUUUGGCCCGCAGGCAUCGCCAUCUUUGAAAAUGGAAAUUUCAUAGCAAAAUGGGACAAGGGCGUCGAAGCAUCAGUAAUUCCGCUCCUGACCUGGCAGCUUCUCUCUCGAAAUUCUAGCCUCAGCGCACAAAUUCGCUCUAUAUUCAUUAUUCCUUCGACAUUCGCUACUAGCGUGAACACACCAUGGGAUAUUGCUUUCUCCGACACCGUCAUUCCCUCGGCGGAUAUUUGGGAAGUGUCGAAACAAAAGGAUGAUCCUCUUCCCAACUCCUAUUCAAAGGAAGGCUACAUGCGUGUUUCCACCAAUAGUCUUUCGAUAAGGAAUUCUUGGAUAUUCCCUAAAGUUGCCGUUCCCAUGGAUGCCACAGGAGUUGUCAUGUACCGCAUGCGAGUCAACAGCUCGGGUGGGAGCGAGACCAAAGUUACAGUUCUAGGUGAUAACAUCCUUCGAAUCGUACAAAAUGGUCAGGUAGCUACGUGGAACAAGUACGCGAGCGACUUUGUCAAGUUGUCGGAUAGUUCUGUACGUGUGGGAAGUGGACUGUGGACCAUUGUCACACUUGUCUACUCGUCGAGGUCUGUAUCGCUCUUCGAGGACGGAGUGUACAGAUAUACGCGUGCUUAUGAUGCCGCUCCCGGAAACGCAACAUUCAGUGUACAACAUCUCGAGCCCAACACAGCCGUUUCCGUCGACAUUAGUCAUGUUCGAUGCGUACCACUGAAAAAGAAUGCAGAGAUGCUCCUCCGCGACCUCCAGCCAGCCCUUUUAGCUUAUUAUCCACUCAAGGCCGACAUCUCCGAAGCUAUCAUUGAGGCUCCCGCACUUGACCUUGCAGCUGUUGAUGGUUAUCAACCUGAUUAUACCGAAGGUGCAUUUGGAAAGGCCAUCAGUUUCGCUGAAAAGCGGGGAGCAUUGAGGCUUCCUUUAUUCCCUUACGGACGCACAUUCCCCUCCUACACCCUCUCGCUGUGGGUGAAGGUAAACAACUAUCCAGCAACGAAGGCAGGUAUUACUGGCCCUUUGAGUAUCCUGUCGAAUGGCAAACUCGAAUACUCAUUCUUAUAUUCCCAAAUCUUGUCAUUCAAACGCACCAAUUUCACCUCCAAAAAUGCCAUUCCGCUAGGCCAAUGGGUCUGCAUUGUGGUCACCUAUGCAUACGAAGAAUCUCGUUUUGCGUUCUUUGUUGAUGGUGUGCUAGACUCCAUCGUUUACACCUCUUCGGACAACUCAAGCCAAAAUGCUGUCUUGCCCAUAUACGGCUUUAUUGGAGCAUCCAGAAGCGAUGACGGAGAAAGUCUCAACAUCCUGGAUGGUGCUGUUGGUGACGUUUUCUUUUUCCAACAGCACAUCCAUGGAAUUAUCGCACUUGCACUCUCUGACAAGCUGAGGGCUGAACACAACCGUCCACGAAGGGUACUUUUCCUAGUCAUUCCAGCUUUCCUUGUUCUUGCAUAUGGAGCUGUUAGCACAACUGUUAUUGCAACUACGCUCAAGCAAACGACGCCACAGCUUGCACCAGAUUUGCAAGUCAUCGUUGAUCGCAUCGUACAAGUUGUUGGGAAACCUGCCAGGCCCGGUGCACAGGUAUCUCGCGAUCAAAUUGGCCUCGAUGAAAAAUAUCCUAUUACGAUUGACAUUGGAGGAGAAGGCCCUUUGAACCAGGAUGGUCUAGUGACCGGUUUUCAUGGCGCCAUCAACGUGAAUGCCGUGGAGAAAGUUACUGUGGGCGGAUCGGGCAAGAUUCCAUACCUCGUGAUGGUACAGCCAUGGCCCACCAACCCAAAGUAUCCCUUCGCUGAUAAUUUUGCCGAUACGAUUACGAUGAUUGGAGCUCCUCUCACUCCUACAAACGCAGAUGAAAUGGUGCGUGUGAUAAAGGCGGAGGGCGUGAUUGAUGUCUGGAUCGACGACUCGUUCAUUCCCCAGCUGGAAAGUAUGGCGAGGAAAUUAAAGUCAUCGGUCAAUACGCCAGACCAGCUAGACCGCUUCGAGGGAAAUGGCAAGACAUUCUUCCAACGUCGCCAGAUCAAAGCGAAUAAAAACGGGAAGGACGAAUUGUAA